ACUACAUUUAAUCAAUCCGUUCACUCAACCUCUCACCAUUUGUUCAUACCAGUCACCAACUUUACCUCAGAUGAUACACAAUUACUCUCCAACCUGAGCUCAAAGACAACUGAGUUUAAAGAGUACCCGGGAUAUUUUGAGAACUUCACGUACUUUUAUCUCAAUAGUUCACGUGUGUCGGACAUUUCUAGCCAGUAUUCGAUCCCGGGUACGUCCGUGUGUUCAGGUGAUGUUGACCUGUUGGUGAUGAUUAUGAGCGUUAAACAGCACAGUGACUGGAGGCUACUCAUACGUCAGACAUGGGCGUCACCAAUUUACGAUAACUCCUGGAGCCAAAAAGGUUUGGUUCGAUUGGUCUUUUUCUUCGGGAAUGAAGGCUUCACAGAUGUAGAGAAUCUUGAAUUGUACAACGAAUCCAAACUUUAUGGGGACAUCGUUGUGGCAAGUUUUAAAGACAGCUACGGGAACUUGUCAUUAAAGUUAGCCACGGCUUUGACUUGGGCGUCCAAACAUUGUCCACAUGCUAAAUUUGUCGCUAAAGUGGAUAUGGAUACCUUUGCUCAUCUUCAAGUACUGUUAAAACUUCUUCAGUCUCUAGCGUACAACUACACUAACUUUAUAGUUGGGUACCAGCAUGGGUACGAUAAGCCUUUUGUAGUGCGAGAUGGAAGAUGGGCUGUACCAAAAGACGUGUACGCAUAUUCCUACUUCCCUAAGUACAUCUACGGACAUUCCUACGUGAUAUCUGGUCCCGCUGUUCAUAAAAUGGCUGCGAGUUUUCCCUUUGUUCACAUCGUUCCCAACGAGGACGCGUUCAUCACAGGCAUCAUGGCCGUCACGUUAAACAUCACUAGACUGGGGAACUCGGCUUUUGCCUUCGGUGGACAAAAGUACACGUUUUGUGACCUGGUGUACAGACGGUACGCGACCACCAUGUACAACGUCAAGUAUAUGAAGGAAUUAUGGGAUGCCAUGUUGUCAGGAAACUGUACGGAGACGCCAAUUACUUAGAUCCAAUAAAACCCCGAGAUUAAAUAAUAAAACCAUAUGACUUGAAGCUAAUUAUGGUACAUUGGACAAAGAUACUUAACCAUAAAGCUUAAAAGCUUAACCCGUGUGUUAACUAUACCGCUUACUACCAACUUAUCAAUAAUCCAAAGUUUGCGCUAACCCUAAACCAAAGUCUUUGAUGUGUGUAAUGUUUUAUUUAAAUUGUGUACAUGAUUGCUCAAUGUAAAUAUUUAUGCCUGUAUGAUUGGUACACGCAAGCACUUGAAUUAAUAUUUGCAAACAUCUGUUGAAUAUUUGAAUCCUUGCA